UUAUUUCGACCAGAAAGUUGAGCGACAGCAAAAUUUCAACGUUUGGCGCUACAGCAACAACUAUAGCAACAACAACAACAACAACAGCAACAAGAACAACUGAGGCAGCAUCAGCAAGGACAUCGCGGCCAGGCAGCCAGAAAAGGAUAGGUUUUGAACUAAGCAGCAGCACACAGCGAAACAGGACUCGAACUCGAACUCGGAUAUAGGGACAUACUCUUUACUUUGGGCUUGCUAGAGCCGCCAGCCAGGACUUAAACUUGAAAUCACGCAUACGCCGCGGCGAAUACUCUCUCGCUCGCAAUCACUCUCUCGCUGUCUUUGCGGCGAAGGGGAAGUGUCAAGUUGGUAGGGAUAACCGACCAAUCCGCAGCAGGGCAGCCAAGCGGGGAACAGCAACAGCAACAGCAGCUAACCGGAGCAGCAGGCAAGGCUUAGGGAGAGGCAAGGCAAGGCGAGAGAGCUGCUGCUGCUGGUGGGCAUCAUCUUAUGAUGUCAUCAGAGGAAUACGACGCGGACUGUUUUGGUUUGUACAGCGAUGAGAACAACGUGCUGCUGAAGGCGACCACGGAGUUGGAGACAACGGUCAAGCAACAACAGCAACUACAACCACCGCUGCUGCCGAACAGCAACGGACACACGUCGCCCAUACCAGUACAGACCAACGGAGAAGGCAGCGCGGCGAAUUGCGGCGAGAGCGCCAGCACCAAUACAGACACACACAACGCCAACACAGACAUUGAAGAGAAAGUGCUGCGAGAGCCAGAGAACAGGCAGCAACCGCAGCAGCAGCACAAGAAGCUAAAGGAGAAGGAGAAAGCAACGGACAGCGACGGCGAAUCUGACGAUUCCGACGACGACGUCGUGGUCGUGCUCGAAGGCUGCGAAGCCAGCAGCAGCAGCAGCAGCAACGCCAGCAGCAACAGCAACAGCAAGGCAAAGGCUGCGGCGACAACGGCAACGGCAACGGCAACAACGGCGAACAAUUGUAAUCGCAGUGGUGGCAGCGUCAGCGGCAGCAGUCGUAGUCAUCGCAGCGCCCGCAGUAGUCGGCAAAUCAGUCAGUCAACGGCCGUCGGCAAGACAACAACGUGCGCGGCUAAAACUUUAGUAACUGCAACAUUAAAGAACGUAACGACGAGUAACGUGAAUUCGAAUAAUAUCGGUACAAGUAAUAGCAACAACAACGGUAACGGCAACGCGACAAAUAAUAGUAAAGUGAAUCGUCGCUCGCGUCCGCGAUCCUUAAGCAAAGAUACCAACAAUAGUAGCAGCAGCAGCAGCAGCAACAACAACAACAAUAAUAGCAGCAGCAACCAGAGUAACAGCAACGCUGCUGGCUUCAUGAGUAGCGCUGCCGCGGCUGCUGCGGGUGCCGCUGGUGGAGGAGCCCUGUUCCAACCACAAUCGGCCAGCUCGGCCCCAUCCGCGCCAGCUAUUGCCACGGCAGCAUCCGUUUCCGCCACAGCCGCCGCUCAGCUAAGCCAUUCGCCCACGAGCAGUUCGCCGGUUUCGGUUUCGGGCGCCAGUUCCGCCUCGUCCUUGUUGACGGCCGCCUUCGGCAACCUGUUCGGCGGCUCAUCGGCCAAGAUGCUGAACGAGUUAUUUGGCCGCCAGAUGAAGCAGGCCCAGGACGCCACCAGUGGCCUGCCCCAGAGUUUAGAUAACGCCAUGCUGGCCGCUGCCAUGGAGACGGCCACCAGUGCCGAGCUCCUGAUCGGUAGCCUCAAUUCCACGUCCAAGUUGCUUCAGCAGCAGCACAACAACAAUAGCAUUGCGCCAGCGAAUAGUGCUCCGAUGAGCAAUGGCACCAAUGCCUCGAUCUCGCCAGGAUCGGCCCACAGCUCCAGUCACUCCUCGCCCAAGGGCAGUCGUCGAGUGUCGGCGUGCAGUGAUCGUUCAAUGGAGGCAGCUGCCGCAGAUGUGGCCGGAGGAUCACCACCAAGAGCAGCUUCAGUAAGUUCGCUAAAUGGCGGAGCCAGCAGUGGGGAUCAGCAGCAGCAGCAGCAACAAUUGCAGCACGAUCUGGUGGCGCAUCACAUGCUGCGCAACAUACUGCAGGGCAAGAAGGAGCUGAUGCAACUCGACCAGGAACUGCGCACAGCCAUGCAACAGCAGCAGCAACAGCAGCUCCAGGACAAGGAGCAACUCCACUCCAAGCUCAACAACAACAAUAACAAUAAUAAUAAUAUUGUGGCUGCCACCAACAACAAUAACAACAACAACAACAACAUGGAGAGCAUCAGCCUAAUUGAGGACUCGGAAAUUGUCGAUAUCAAGAUCAAGAGUGAGCCACAAACGGCCCCAGUGCCGCAGCAAUCACCGCAUGGCAGCAGCCACAGCAGCCGGAGCGGAAGUGGCACUGGAAGCCACAGCAGCCUGGCCAGCGAUGGCAGCCUGCGACGCAAGUCCUCCGACUCCUUGGACAGCCACGGAGCGCCGGACGAGGCCGAGCAUGAGGAGGAGGCAGCGGAAACGCGUCAGCGUUCCCAAAGCCGAGCUCCCGAGGAGCCGCAGCUGCCCACCAAAAAGGAAACCGAGGACGAUAUGCUGGACGAGGUGGAGCUAAUGAACCUGCACUCGCGGGGAUCCGAUCUGGACAGCCUGGCCUCGCCCAGCCACUCGGACAUGAUGCUGCUAGAUAACAGCAAAGACGAUGUCCUUGACGACGACGACGAUGAUGACUGCGUGGAGCAGAAGCGUGAGUCUGGAAGCGGAUGCCUAAAGAAACCCGGUAAGGACUUAAAACGGGCUCGCGUGGAGAACAUUGUCUCCGGAAUGCGGUGCAGCCCGUCCUCGGGAUUGACACAGGCCGGACAGCUCCAGGUGAAUGGGUGCAAGAAGCGUAAGCUUUACCAGCCGCAGCAACAUGCCAUGGAGCGGUAUGUGGCCGCAGCCGCAGGUCUUAACUUUGGCCUGAACCUGCAGAGCAUGAUGCUCGACCAGGACGACAGCGAGUCCAACGAGCUGGAGUCACCGCAGAUCCAACAGAAGCGCGUGGAGAAGAAUGCCCUCAAGUCGCAGCUGCGUUCCAUGCAGGAGCAGCUGGCGGAGAUGCAGCAAAAGUAUGUGCAGUUGUGCACGCGGAUGGAGCAGGAAUCGGAAUGCCAGGAGCUUGACCAGGACCAGGAUGUCGACCAGGAGCAAGAGCAGGAGCCGGAUAACGGCAGCAGCGACCACAUCGAGUUGUCGCCCUCACCCACCUUGACCGGCGACGGAGACGCCAGUCCCGGCCACAAGGAGGAGGCGGGUCAGGAACGACCCGGCUCCAGCUCGCCCGCGCCCUCGCCCAUUAAGCCCAAGACGGUGCUUGGCGAGAGCAGUGACUCCAGCGCCAACAUGCUCUCCCAGAUGAUGAGCAAGAUGAUGUCCGGUAAGCUGCACAAUCCACUGGUUGGCGUGGGCCAUCCCGGCCUGCCCCAGGGAUUCCCACCGCUGCUGCAGCACAUGGGCGAUAUGUCGCACGCGGCUGCCAUGUACCAACAGUUCUUCUUCGAGCAAGAAGCUCGCAUGGCCAAGGAGGCUGCCGAACAGCAGCAGCAGCAGCAGCAACAGCAGCAGCAACAACAGCAGCAACAGCAAGAGCAGCAACGCCGCUUCGAGCAGGAGCAGCAAGAGCAGCAGCGCCGCAAGGAAGAGCAGCAACAGCAGAUGCAGCGCCAACAACAGCACCUGCAGCAGUUGCAGCAGCAGCAGAUGGAGCAACAGCACGUGGUCACCUCGGCGCCGCGUCCCCAGAUGCACCACCCGGCGCCCGCCCGCCUGCCCACGCGAAUGGGCGGAGCUGCGGCCCACAGCGCUCUGAAGUCGGAGUUGUCCGAGAAGUUUCAGAUGCUGCGCAACAGCAAUAACAGCUCAAUGAUGCGCAUGUCUGGCACAGACCUCGAGGGACUAGCCGACGUGCUCAAGUCAGAGAUCACCACCUCGCUGUCCGCACUUGUGGACACCAUCGUGACACGCUUCGUCCACCAGCGACGGCUGUUCAGCAAGCAGGCCGACUCUGUGACGGCAGCGGCCGAGCAGCUCAACAAGGACCUGCUGCUGGCAUCGCAGAUCCUCGACAGGAAGUCGCCGCGCACCAAGGUGGCGGACCGGCCCCAGAACGGACCCGCGCCCGCAACACAAUCAGCGGCUGCCAUGUUCCAGGCGCCCAAGACGCCGCAGGGAAUGAAUCCGGUGGCCGCCGCCGCGCUCUACAACUCGAUGACCGGACCCUUCUGCCUGCCGCCCGAUCAGCAGCAACAGCAGCAGCAGCAGUCCGCCCAGCAACAGUCCGCCCAGCAGCAGCAGCAGAGUGCACAGCAAACGCAGCAGCAGCUGGAGCAGAACGAGGCCCUUAGCCUGGUGGUCACUCCUAAGAAGAAGCGCCAUAAGGUCACCGAUACGCGCAUAACCCCGCGCACCGUUAGCCGUAUCCUGGCGCAGGAUGGCGUUGUGCCGCCCACCGGUGGACCCCCAGCCACGCCCCAGCAGCAGCAGCAGCAGCAGCAACAACAACAGCAGCAGCAGCAACAACAGCAGCAGCAGCAACAGACGGCAAAUGGCGGUAAUAGCAAUGCCACGCCCGCCCAAAGUCCUACACGGGGCGGCGGAGGAGCUGCGUACCACGCACAACCGCCGCCACCACCACCACCCAUGAUGCCGGUGUCCUUGCCCACCUCGGUGGCCAUUCCCAAUCCGUCGCUGCACGAGUCCAAGGUCUUUUCACCUUACUCGCCGUUCUUCAAUCCGCAUGCGGCUCCUGGCCAGCCAACCGCCGCCCAGUUGCAUCAGCAUCAGCAGCACCACCAACAGCACCACCCGCACCACCAGCAAAUGCAACUGUCCUCGAGUCCGCCCGGCAGCCUGGGGGCGCUAAUGGACUCGCGUGACUCACCGCCGCUGCCCCACCCGCCGUCGAUGCUGCAUCCCGCCCUGCUGGCAGCCGCCCACCAUGGCGGAUCGCCCGACUACAAGACCUGCCUGCGGGCCGUCAUGGACGCCCAGGAUCGCCAAUCCGAGUGCAACUCGGCCGACAUGCAGUUCGAUGGCAUGCAGCCUACUAUAUCCUUUUACAAGCACAUGCAAUUUGGUUCCGAGCCGGAGUCGCUGAUGGUCAAACAUUGCGAAUCCUUGACUCCUUUGCACUCUUCUACAUUGACACCGAUGCACCUGCGCAAGGCCAAGCUGAUGUUCUUCUGGGUGCGCUACCCCAGCUCCGCGGUGCUCAAGAUGUACUUCCCGGACAUCAAGUUCAACAAGAAUAACACAGCACAAUUGGUGAAAUGGUUCUCAAACUUCCGAGAAUUCUACUACAUACAAAUGGAGAAAUAUGCACGACAAGCUGUCACCGAAGGCAUCAAGACACCCGAUGAUCUGUUGAUUGCUGGAGAUAGUGAAUUGUAUCGCGUGCUCAAUUUGCACUACAAUCGCAAUAACCACAUUGAGGUACCCCAGAAUUUCCGCUUCGUGGUCGAACAGACACUGCGGGAGUUCUUCCGUGCAAUACAGGGUGGCAAAGACACCGAGCAGUCGUGGAAGAAGUCCAUAUACAAGAUCAUCUCGCGCAUGGACGAUCCCGUGCCCGAGUACUUCAAGUCGCCCAAUUUUUUAGAGCAGCUGGAAUAAGUGGAGGAGAUGGCGCUGCCGAGCCUGCCGCCACUGCCGCUGCCGUUGUUGCAUCCGCCGCAUACGCAUCCGCAUCCGCAUACGCAUACGGGAAUGGGAAUGCCACCGCCCAUCAGUCCGGCCAACACCACCAAUUGCAGCAGCAGCACCAGCACCAGCACCAGUACCACCAGCCACUCCAGGCCCGGCAGCAGCCAUUCGAAGGCGAAGCGCAAGCCAAAGUUAAAAGGCUAAAUCUGCGUAAGAAGCACGACUGGAUAUGAUAUGACCAACUCUCCCCGGCCGAAAAGAAACACACAACAAAAAGAACACAUUGAAAAUCGGAAUUUAGAUGAACUUGAUAGAGUUUUUUGAUCGUAAGGAAAACGCGUUUAGAAGCAAAGCAAAAUAUUUUUUCAAAAAUUUCCAAAAAACCAGAAGAAACACAUACACACACAGACACAUUACCAAAUAACACUGAACCUCAGCAAAUGAGCGACUAGAAUGUGAAGAGAACCAGGGAGAUCGAUCCUCCACUGACUCCUCUUACAUUUACUAAAACUGAAACAUAGCAUGUAGAGCAGCAGCAAAAGUCUUAAUCUAAUGUGAAAUAGUGCAAAUUGAUGAAACCUGAGCCACACACCUGAGAACACCCACAUACCGAGCGUACUUUACAGGCAGUGUAAACUGUACUCGCCGUUGGUUUGUUAGUUGAAAUUUUUUUGAAAAUAUUUACAGCAGAUUACGUAUACGUAUGAAUAAUAUUUAUCAAAUAGUUGAGCCGUCUUAAUGAUCUACCGAAAGUUGACACACUAAACACACACACACACACGAAAGCAUUCCACAAACACACACCUAACACACACACACGCUCAUAACGGUACAAAGUGUGUGUUCAUUUGAGAGAGCGAAAGUCGCUCUGCCAAACAGGAACAAGCACUGCUUGGCUGACCGACUUUCCGGUAAGCAGUUUUCCGCCCCAUAUCGAGCGCUCACAGCUUGCGCACUGCUUUACAAAAGCAGGCGCAGCUCUGACGACCGGAAAUAGGGAUUUAAUAUUAAAAAACACCCGAAAGUUAAGGUUGCUAUAUCCCCUUUUAAGCGCUAAGCAUAUAUUCGAUGUCUAUUAAGCGAAACUAAACAAAAAAUUACAAAAAAAAAAUUAAGAAAAAAAGUAUUUAGAUUUUAAAAAAGCAGAGCGAACGAGCGAGAGCCAAAGUAAUUUGUACGAGCUGCGGGCGUUAGGGUAGUUAAAUUUAUAAUUUACAAUACGUUAUGCAAGACCUUCGACCAAAGUUAAUUGUUAACAUGAAUCCUUUGAAUACGAUUUAUUUUUAAUCAAUUCUUAUCCUUUUGUGCGUCACACACGAACGUGCGUCUUAAUUUUAUAGAAUAAUCAACACACACACACAUCACAAAACACACACCACA